AUGAGUCUGGACCAAAAUCUCUUCACGCUCCUUCUGACACCAAACACCUCUGACUCGAGUGGACUUGUGAUUGACCUCACUGAUCCUUCGGGAAACGUACACUACCGAAAGCGACGUAUACCCGGGCAAGUCUAUAAAAUCGAGGUGUAUGACCCCAUUUCAGAAUCCUUGCUCGUCUCUGCUACUUCUCCGAGCGCGACGAGUAAACAUAAAACGGUAGAAUUAUACAAUCCCUCUAAGGUCACCGAGCUGAAAUAUACUGGCACCCUGACUUUCCGAUGGUCCUUCAAAUGGGAGGAACACGAAUUUGAAUGGAAACGAGAGGAAUGUUUCAUGAUCAGAAAGCCCGACCCGCCUGUUAUGGUUGCGGUGACCAAGGAACCUCCUGGUAGAAUAAAGACAGCAUCCGUCCAAAUUCUAGAUUACAAUCUCAAUAGGUUUGAUAUAGAUGAUCGAAAAGGGCUAGAAAUCGUCAUCUUGACUGCACUGCUCACCUUCCAAGAUGUCAGCGAUUCGUACCACGAUUCACCCAACGAAAGCAACACAAUGUCACCACCUGCUGCUCUUGCUGCAACUACUUCAGCUCUAAAAAGCUUUACAGAGAUGACUGCGCGAAAGGUGUCAGGCGGACCUACAUCUUCUCCACCAGUCGUACCGCCAAAACCCACGCCAAAAACAGGUGUCGAAAGGGUUGCCGAAAUCCAGGCAUCCAGAGGCGAAGUGAAUGAAGUCUUGAUCGUUGACGAGUGUUCUGCUAAGGAUUACGCGCAAUAUUGUGCACGGAUGCUGCGUGACGAAGCGAUGCUGUUUAUAUCCAUACGUUCUUCAGAUGCACCUCAGGCUCCCAAAGUGUUACAAGUCGUUGAGGAAACGAAACGUAUCCGGCACAAAGCAGGUAACCAUUUAGGCGAUAAAGAUCUUUAUCAAUAUGUUCUGUAUGAUACGGUCCAGAUACCACGCAAGGGUCCGAAAACGAUUAAUUUGGACGAUAAUAAAGACAAAGCAAAAGGCAAGGAUUAUACUCCGCCGAGCAACAUUGUAGUCCAUCUGAGUAAAAUCGAUAUGCCCGAGUUACGGCCAAGGAGCACUGUUCCCAUCCACUAUGGAGAAGGACGGUCGGGUGCAUCAAAAGAGCGAACAAAGGAUGGGAAGAGCAAAGACACCCGCAAGGACAAAGAAAGAAAGGUAAAAGAAUCCAGCGACAAGGAAAGGAAUGAAAGGAAGAAGCGCGAGAUAGAGCAUGCCACGGAGAAGGCAAAACUCCGAUCAAAAUCUAGUGCACCCGCACUCGCUUCCCAUUUCUCUUCACAUCCGGCUUCGACAUCCCAGCGGCCUCGCACACAUCCACACCAAACAUAUCUACACAAAUCGUCGCCAUCGCAGCCCAACCGCCCUGCCAACCAUUCGGCUCCUCCACUGCCUCCCCGCAUGUCGAAGUACCGUGUGGCUCCGCCACCUGAGCGGUACUCGACAUACCCGGUGUCAUACCACGUCCGGUAUUCAUCCAGCCCUCAACGUCUCGAACCCCCUGUUUCUCCACCAUCGCCUUCACCAUCCCCAGCCACGCUGUUGGCCAGAUUACUCGGGAGGUGA